AUGGAUUCCGGAAGUGUUGGGAGUGAAUAUGUCGUUCAACAAAUGCAGGCGCAUAUGCAAGCGCAAAUGCAAACACAAAUGGAAAUGCACAUGGAUAAUAUGCAAAACGACUAUAACAAAAAACUAGACUUUUUGUCCGAGCAGAUCGCUGCUGUAAAUCAGGAAAAACUAGACAGGUCGAUAAACCGAAUGGACCUUGAAGAAGAUUUCAUCCCAGAAAUACCGAUGGACAUUAUAGCAUUGGUACAUGAACAUUACGGGUCCAUAGCAGACUCAUAUUUAAACAUGAUUAGUCCGCUUAACCCUGGAAUAUUUGAGCCAUCCGAACAAUCCGUGGCAGUUUUUGAAAAGAACAUGCAAAGUAUUUUUGGCUACUUACCAAAAAUAUUUCCAACCGACCGCGAGAAAAUCACGUUCUUAUAUUUUAAAUCCCCAAAAAACUAUCAAAAACAGAUACGAGAAUUGGUGAAGACUCCCGGACCUCAGAGGAAUUUCGAGAAGGUUUUUCAACAGACAUUUCUAAACGAGAAAGAGAAAUCUUGGUUUCAUCCCAUCCCUAAAUAUUUAUCUAAAGGAGCUCGUGGAGAAUUAAAUGUUAGUGAGGUUCAAAAAUGGCUUGACGGAUUGGAUAGGGAAACAAUCGAGAAAGCCAUGAUAUUCGCGUUUCAUUCAAGUUAUUUUAGAAAUGAACUCCUCAAACAUAAUUACGAGCAUGGAAAUUUCGCCGCAGCCGUAACAACAGUAAAUAACCUGGUUCGAUAUAACAAGUCUCAAAAGUCAGAAAAAGGAUACCGUCCAAAUUUCCGGCAGACAAAACCUUUUCUUGGGAAAGAAGGAAACAAUCAGGAUAACCCCAAAACAAGAAUGAAACCAAAAUCCAACGAAUGA